CGGAUUUUUAGCGGGUUCUUCUCGACACCAUCCACAGUGGCUUCACUCUUGUUCCGGGCGUCGCCCAUCGACCCAGCCCUGCGUCCUACCUCGCCGUCGGCCUCACAGUCUCACGAUCUCAAGUACAACAACACUACUUCUUCAAUCGACAGCCCGUCCACCUCUCGUCAGUCGACAACGGACGCGGUAGCGAGUGCAUCGACAGCAUCGUCGCAGUACUUUGGAGCGCUUCCUGAGUUUGGUUCUCUGGACAAAAGCCCUGGUAGUAGCGAUAGCAACGGUAGCAGCUUUCCCGGUUCCCUAGGCCAAUCGUUGUCAGGACUGUCUGCUCUGGCCUCGGUCGCAUCGGCCCCAACUUCCAAUCUGCGGAAUUCUGGGAGUAAUGCGCAGCCCAUGACCAAUAUGACUUACGCGACCUCAUCACCUGCAGCAACUACUGGUGGACAAGGCAAUAGCCCUCAGCCGAUGGGGUCUUGGCACCGCACCACCCGCUGCGUGUCAAGUCUUAUCGCGCCAGCCCGUCAAAUCUCUCCCGAUCUUAUCAACCGUCGCUCCUUUCCCUCUAUUCCACUAUCAGCGCCAUACCUCAUCCACCCCAUUGGCUUCCACCCUCCAUUCUCGAUCCCCUCGUCUUUUCCUACAAUGGCGACGACCUUGACUGACCAGAAACGCCCUCAAUUACAGCCCGUGUGCCAGAAUUGUGGUACUUCCACCACGCCCUUGUGGCGCCGGGAUGAACUCGGUUCGGUCCUCUGCAACGCCUGUGGCUUAUUCCUGAAGCUCCACGGAAGACCCCGUCCGAUAAGCUUGAAAACUGAUGUGAUCAAAAGUCGCAAUAGGGUCAAGACCGCGGGUCAGGGCCCUAAGCGUAAGUCCAGCAGUGCCGUUGAUGCAAAUGGACUCUCCACGUCCAGAUCAGAGGCCGGUACUCCCCCACUUGGAUCUCAUGGAUAUCGUCGCGCGUCGCGGAAGAUGUCACCUGGCCAUUCGGAUCGUUCCAACUCACCAGUCUCCCGAACAGAAACGCCUGGUCUUCCCCCGAUGCAGCAACAGCUCCCGCCGCAGCACAACUCCAACAUCGCGCCGCAGCACAUGUUCGACAGUGUUACCCUGGGAGAUCACGGUCUGACGAAUGGGCUGUCAUCUGGGCAACUUCGCCAGCAGUCCCCCACCUCGACCUCUGCAGCCGUGGACCGCCUGAACGAGUCUCCGCAGACAAUCGAGGGACUCUUGGCCGCGAACACAUCGUUGAAGACCCGCGUGCGAGAAUUGGAGUUUGUCAAUGACCUUUUUAGGGGCCGAGUAACGGAACUCGAACAGAGCGAUGCUGCCGCGCGCCGGUCCGAGAUGAUCGCUCGCGACUCGGAAUCGCGCCUUAAACGAGCCCUCGAGGAAGCGCAACGGCGCGAAGAAGACCUUAAGCGUCGGGUGUCUGAACUGGAACGUCACGUCGGGGAAGCCAGUAAUGGCAACCCUGAAGGAGAUGAAAGCCCUGGUGAGCCCAUGGCGAAACGAAUGAGGCUGUCUGAUGUGGUAGAUCAACCCUCCACUUCUCCUACCAAAUCGCCAAAGAGCGUCUAA